AUGUCGAUCGCCCCCAGCGGGCGCGACGUCGUUUUGGCAGGACGAAAAGGUCUCUUUGUCAUCGACCUCGACGACCCUUUCGCCGCUCCUCGCUGGCUCCACCACCAAACGUCCUGGGAGGUGGCUGACGUGCAAUGGUCGCCUCACAAGAGCAAGCCGUCGUGGGUGGUAUCCACCUCCAACCAGAAAGCCAUGGUGUGGAACCUGGCCAGACCGUCUCACAACGCUAUAGAACAUGUUCUCCAUUCCCAUACAAGAGCCAUUACUGAUAUAAACUUCCACCCCAACCAUCCCGAGCUGCUCGCUACAUGCUCCGUGGACACAAUGGUGCUGUCCUGGGACAUGAGAAGCCCGCAGAAGCCAAUAAACAGCUGGUCUGACUGGCGUGCUGCUGCCUCGCAGGUCAAGUGGAACUACAUGAACUCGAACGUGUUGGCAUCUGCGCACGAUAACAAUCUCCUCAUCUGGGACAUUCGGAAGGGUGCCAUUCCGCUGGUGAAAAUACAAGCCCACAACGCGCGAAUCAACGGUAUCGAUUGGAGCAAGACCGAGGUCGACAAGAUUAUUUCCUGCUCCAAUGAUAUGAGUGUCAAGUUCUGGGACCAGAGCAAGCCAGACAAGGCCGUAUACACGAUCAGAACAGAUUUCCCGGUGAGCAGGGCGCGCCACGCGCCGAUCGGCGACCAGAUCUGCGGCAUCAUGCCGUCCCGUGGCGGACAGAACUCCAUAUACAUUGUGAAAUAUAAAGACGAAAUAGGAGAAAGCAAACUGAAGCCAAGCUAUAUUUUCAAGGGACACACAGAGCCGGUCAAAGAUUUCCUGUGGAGAAGCAGGCAUUCGCCAAAUACGGAGGUCGACGACCGCGAGUUCCAGCUGGUGACAUGGUCUGCAGACUGCGAUCUUCGGCUGUGGCCUAUCCAGGAAGACAUUUACGACAAUUUCAACUACAAGAAAAACCAGCCAUUGGCUGACCCGUUGCCAGACUACAGCUACGAAACCUAUCGUCGCGAGCCGCCAGUUACAUCCGAAAAUAACCUGAUCAUCCGGCGACGCAGAAACACCAACCUAGUUUCCAGCAGAAGCAGCUUCACGCUGCAGAACGACCAGUUCAACCACCUUAACUGGAUUUCUGGCAUUCGAAUUGGCCAGUCGGCUGUGCAACAGAUGGACGUCCAAGUUGGAGACAGCUCGCAGCCGGCCAAUUUGGCGGAGGAGGUCGGAAACGUCGGCCACAAGUUCCCCAAGGUGAGAUUCGAGCGGAUCAGCGUGUCCACCGGCAACUUGGUGAUUUCUUUAAAUGGUCCGUGGAAAGACGAAUUAAUAUUUAUUCGCGUGGAAAUAAACUUCUCCAAGGAAUAUCCAUCGCCCAAAGGAGUUCCAAGGUUUUCAAUAGAGGAGACACACGAGCUCACCGAGGAGGACCGCAAGGAGAUGCUGGCGCGUUUGGACGAGAUUGCCAGCAAAUACUGCUCGCUGCGAAAAUUCUGUCUCGAGCCCUGCCUGCGAUUUUUACUGGGAGAAAAAGUCAGUCUGGACAUCGAGCAGGAGGAGGACGAUCUGACGCUUGAUCCGUUUUCUAUUCCGUACGAGGAAGCCAACGAGUCCGACAACAGUAUAGGAAUCUCUUCCAUCUCUGACCGAGACACGGGCAGUGACUCUGAGGACGAGACUGCGGCGAUUGUGGACGUCAGCAAGCCGACGUUUGACAGCACGCCUGUCCCAAAGGGCUGUGGGGCCAUUUGGACGGCGAGUGGCCAUCUGGUGUGUUUUUUCAUCCCCAAAGGGGAUAAAAAAGCCCCGCAGCAGGUGUUCAAAUUUGGGCAGCAGGGAUUUAGUCUGGCGAACGGGCUGAAAAGCAAGAGAAUUGAGCACGGGAUGGAGCUCCCCACUUCUGCCGAGGCAGACUCCGAGGACGACGUUUCUAGUCUGAGCUCAGAGGCGAGCUUCUCCAACGACCUCGAUAUUCUUCAAUACGACAGACUUUACAAAACCAAGCUUCCGUUUAAGAAUGCGGCAAGCAACCCUGGCACGCACACUUCAAAGUCGAAACAGAGCCGCAAUAUCGUGAAAAUCUACGACUUCCGCCACUUGAUACCUGCCAAAAUGGAGCUGGCCUUUGAGUACAGAGUUUUGGGCGACACUCCUGAAAAUCUGGCCAAGUGCAACGCGUUGGUUGCAGAAAAAUACGGGUUCAAAAAUUUGGCCGACUGCUGGAGGAUCCUGUCCAUUAUUCUGGUCAAGGAGGUCCAAUUUGAGGACAAGCUCGAUCUUGCUGUCCAUGCCGGUUUCGUGUCCAAGGAAGAGCCUACAGACAGCUACAAAUUCUACUGGGGAGCACAUCCAUUUGGAGGCAGAUGGCUCGCGAAAAUGAUCAUGAGGUACUAUGAGCGACUGAGCGAUGUCCAGAUGUUGGCGAUGCUGUCCUGUGUGCUGUAUGAGCAUUUCGAAAAUAAGGACCGUCUAGGCGUCCCGAUAAACACUCCCUACUCGCUGAAUUCUGUCAUUCCUGAAAAGAAUAUGGUCCGCCAUAGCUCUAAGCAAGGACAGGUGGUCUCGUUUGAUACCAGAAGCCCCUUGGGCUCGUACCACCACGUUCUAUCGCAAAACCGACUUUCUUCGGUGAGCACGGCCUCCAUUUCUGAGAGUCUUGUUGGGUCUCCUGGAGAGCUACAUGUCUCUAAUCGACGCGGCAUCCGGCCUCAAAGCAUAGCACUAGGCCACUACACGCCAGGCGAUUCCUACUCGAUGCAUCUGGGCCGCUCGCCGGGCGCAAUCUCGCCGUCCUCGCUGUCCUCUGCCGGCAACGUCUUCAGCCAGGCGUUCCAGAAAUCGCUUAACACCACGGCGACCAUAGCACCUGCCGCACCGGCAACGGUCCCGAAAGUCAGCAUCCAGAUGGUCAACACUGACUCAUUGGACCUCUACGAGGACGCGUACUCGAUGUCCCUGCUGGACAACCUCGAUACAGAGCGGCUCCAGAUGUACAGAGCAGAGUACGCCAACCUCUUGUUCUGCUGGGGUCUUCCCGUCUCGAGAGCGAAAAUCCUUAAAUUUAAUCACCGCAGCUCGGAGAUGCCGUCAAGCUCAGAGCACCGCGGCGAGGUCGGCUGGCUCAAGCCGGUUGGGAACAGCGUAUGGGACAACGUCCGAACGCAGCGGAAGUGCCACUAUUGCAACCUGCUGAGCCGGAAAAGGCUGGUGGUUUGCACGGUUUGCAACCAUCUGCUGCACGCCGCGUGCGCGCUCCAGUGGUGGGAGCAGGAAAAGAUGGAGGAGUGCUGCAGCGGGUGUGGUUGCAGGUGUCUGGAGCAUCGACUUCGAGAGGUGGAAGCGUAA